AUGAUUGAAAAUAUCAAACUUGAGAAUUUCGAAACUUUGGGGAAUCUCGAUAACAAGUCAAUACCAGGCAAAGAACUUGAGAAUUUCGCGUCAAUCCUAGAAAAAAGAGAAACUUUGGGGAAUCUCGAUAACAAGUUAAUACCAAGCAAAGAAAUUGAUAAACAAACCACCUCUGAACUUCUUAAAGAAUUAUCUAAUCGUAAACCUUGUUGUGAUCAUGAGGCGUUCAAUGCGGUUGUACACUUUAACGAAAUAAUCUUUAUCAAUAAGCACGCCAAUCAAAAUGGAAAUAAUGCAAAACUUCCAAACCAUCUUCGUUUUACGUCCAAACAUAUUAAUGCCAUGCUUUUACCCAAAGUUCUCGCCCAAGUCUUUAAGUUCACGCCUUUACAAAUCGAAGAAAUUCUUUUUAGAAACAAAUUAUUUGAUAGAUUUAGGUUUGAAUUACUCAAAUUAGAAUUAAUUCUUGAUCAUCAUAAAAU